GUGACAACCGUGGACAUGCUGAAGCCUCCGCCAGAUUUCCGCUCCAACUUUGACUCUACGCCGCCGCCGAUCCUGAUUGAUGGGGGCGAGGCGGUGCUCGAGAAUGAGAAGAUUGAGCGCUACAUCAUGAAGAACAUCCCCGGUGGGCACAACCUGUUUGUGCAGGACAAGGACACGGCCACCGUCAUCGAGAACCUGUACAGCAAAUUCAAGCUGAUGCUGACUCGCCGGGACGAGCAGUCCAAGAAGUCUCUGCUCAACCAGCUAAGCAACAUCGACGCCCAUCUGCGCAAGGGGGGCUACCGCUUCCUCACUGGCGACACCAUGUGCUGCUUUGACUGCGAGCUCAUGCCCCGCCUGCAACACAUCCGCGUUGCCGGCAAGUACUUUGCGGACUUCGAGAUCCCGCGCACGCUGUCUGCACUGUGGGGCUACAUGGGCCACAUGUAUCAGCUGGACGCAUUCACCCAGUCGUGUCCUGCUGACCAGGACAUUAUCAACCACUACAAGCUGCAGCAGAACACCAAGGUGAACAAACACGAGGAGCUGGAGACGCCCACGUUCACCACAUCGCUGCCGGCCGAGCUCAACAACCACCACUGAGGGGCCCUUCCUUCCUUUCCUGCCCACCCUUUCACGAGAUGAUGCAGCGCAUGAAAAUAUGGCCAGCAGUACUUGUGUCGUCGGAGAGUAUUCGCGGACCUUUGCGUACCCGAAUUUGUUGGCGUCAGCAGCACUGGCAGCAUUUUGAGUGUUCUGAUUAUGUGCGCACCAAAGCUUGUAACGCAAUUGCGGGAUCUGACAUCCUCUGCUGCAGUGUUUGUUGAUUGCACGCUGAGGGGACCGCUCUUCCAGUAGGGUUGCAAAGCAGACCGACCGUGUUGCCAAACAUUUGUGGUGGCCAUUGCCUGCGCGCCAGGCAACGGCCACAGCAGUGCGUGCUAACGCGCAUUUUUGCAUUGUAGGAAAGAUUGUGGCACGAGGUAUGGGAGGUGUAGGCAAUUAACUUGCGUUGUUAGCAAAACCUGCAGCUGCGUGCUUGCAUUCUGCAGUAACGUAAACUGAGAAAAGGGGCUCCACUUGUUGAGCUGUCUUUUGGGAAUCCAUAGCUUUGGCUUCAGUAUGAGGACCCUUCAAAUACCGGACAGUUGUAAGAAUUAUUGGAUAUAAUAAACGUGCCUUGAUAUCUGGUGCAGCUUUAGUGUAACAAGGCUACACCUUAUUGACUUGCAAUUUUACAGUCUCAACGGUUACAAUGGAGUUGUGGGCUCGUUCCGCUGAAAGGAUGCUAGGUGUGUCCUUAGUUGAGGAAAGUGUUUCCAUCGUCCAGCUUGGCGUCAGCUGCUCUCGAUUUGGACAGCAGUUAGCAAUGCAUACAAGUUAUUGACACCUGUCACACUCCUUUGUUUUCAUUUAACUGGCCUUGGACAAAAAUUUAUCAGAGGGGUGCUUGUAGAGGAAAUAAUUGGAAAAAUCAAUGCCAUUUGUCUGUAGUUUACACCCUGUGAAUUUUUGCCUCAAUGUCAGCUGCUGCUGAUUUUUUAGUGUUUUGUGCUCUUUUUUUUUUCAACUAUUCCUUGUUUGUGCUUUUACUGGUCAGUUUCUGUUUUUCUUCUCUUGUUGGGAGGGCGUUUUAUCAGCAAGGUGGCUGGCAUGUGUCAGCCGUUUGAACCGGUCUUAGAGGGGAAGUCCACAACGGAAAUUUUUGAAGCGAGUCAACGGCCACUUUGCUAGCAUGUCAGCAUUUAAUGUCGGGGCAUGCGAAUCUUAAAUUUAGUUAAUAUAUUCUGAUUAUUUUUUUAAGUAUGUCUGGUGUCCUCUUUGUUCUAUAGUUCACUGCUAGCUGCUCCCUUCAGCCUGUGACUGUACUUUCCAGUGCUCUGUAAUGCCAGCCAAACCUUGGUGGUGCAGUUGCAGCUUUCAGUUUUCCGGAGCUGCACUUGGUGCAAAGCAGCCGAACCGCAGCAGUCUGAAAUGUAGCGUUACAUAUGUUGGAGCUUACAUUGGAAAUCCAUUGGCAAUGAUGCAGUUCUCUUGUGAAGCGUUUUUACCGCUUUAAAGAAGGCAGUAUGCCGGGGCACAUGAUGUAUUAAAUUGCUGCGGAGUCGAGAACUUUCGCACGGGAAAAGAGAUGAAGUGUGCGAGACCCGCAUCUGUGCCUCUACUUGUGUCUGCCCUGCUGCUGGCAACAUUCCAGACUGCUGCAAUGGAGCUGCUGUGUGAGUGCAUGCACAAAGCUCGAAUUUCAGAGCCUAACUUCUACGACGAUAAUACCACGUGCCAUCUCGGUGCACUGAGCUGAGUCCAGCUCCCGUGUCCUCCAGCGCACACCGCAGGCUUGGAAGACUUUUUUUUGAAGUGCCACGUUUGUAUUUGGGCGAGCCUCUACAGUCGCCUAUUUUUCGGUCGCGCCGUUAUAUCAUCAUUGCCUCGUGGCUUCUGUCAUACCUACCUUUCAAAUGAUUACUUUCACAUUGUGUGAGCCGCUGUGUGCCUUUUUUUGUUUCUAUGAAAACCGGCAGAGAUACUAGUUGUAGAUAUACACCCGUGUACAUAGGACUUCUGUGUCGCCUUGCUUCUGGUGACAUGUCCAUGUUUGUUAUCCUAGACCAAUAGUGUUAUUGAAAAGGACUUUUCCAAAGUUGAAAUACUUUUGUGACAUGCUUGCUACUGACACAUGCCGCAUUAUCACUGCACAAUUUAGGCGAUCGUAUUCAGGUGAAAGUGCUACGUUGACCUUGCACACCACAGCAGGCAUUUUGGGACGCAUCCUGCUAGCCUUGGUCUUGGAUGCAAGACUGCUGACAGACGCUGGGCCCGAGUUUUGAAGUUUAGUACGGUGUUCUGUAUGGCACUUGUUUGGAAGAACUUUGCAUUGUGCUCCAAUUUUUGCUUGUAGAGCUCCUUGAUGUGAUGUCACCUUUACAUUUCAGUAUACUUGAAAGGAGGCAUUGGCUUGAGAUGUUGCUCACAAGGUGAACAUGUUGAAUUAUAGCAUUUCAUGCUAGGAUUGUAUCUGUGCAGUAAGUUGUUGUAUUCAUGCUGCUACCACUACAAAAGUAUCUCUGAUGAGAAUGUAACUCGCAGGCUGGUCUUCCAUGGCCUUUGUUACCAGAUUCAUCUGUUACGAUGCAAGCAUGGUUAACCUGAGUGCAGCACUGGAGGCGCAGUGCAUAGUUUGCAUGAGGUGUGUGCAAGAUGUUGAGGCAUAGUUUUGGGGAUGAAAUAUGCAUGUAGUGCAUGGUGUCAAGUUAAUCGUUUGUCAAAGGAUGCGCUUACGCCCAAAUUAAUGAGAAGCUGUUGUGUGAGGCACGUGCGUAAAUUCCGAUGAUUUAUUCGGAAGGACAACUUUGAAAGCUGUUCUGAGACACUUGUAUAGAAGCCUGAAUUUUGUUUUCAUGUGUGAGUGUGUGUGUGUGUGCAUAUGCGUGCGUGGAAAAAAGAUUUUGCACACUGAGCAGUUUGUAAUGCUUGUAUGCAACAAUAAACUCCACACGAAAAUUA